AAAACCGCGUGGUUCUACACUUUUACUUGACCGAUCAAACGAUUAAACCCGAUCUGUUGGACUACACAGAUCAGACGAUUAAACCCGGUCUAAGCCGGUUUAACUCUCUUCAAAUCUGUAAUAAGCUCACUGAGAUUUGUACAUUAAUGGCGGUUCUAUCGUCUUCUUCUUCGUCGGCGAUGCAGAAAGGAAUCGUUGUUACUAUCCCAGUUCUGGUUCUAACCGCUUCGUUAUCGGCGUUUAUCUUCUUCAUCCUAUCGUCUUCAUUGUCCUCCUGCUCAUGUCCGUCAUCUCCACCCUCCUCCCAGAACUAUGCCAUCGUUGGUGAUGUGAGGUCGGAGGAGAGAAUCUCGACGUCGCGAGAGGAUAUAAAUUGGGUUAAAGAUCUGAUUAGAUCGAACGGUUUGCAUAUGCAUGAGAAUGUUCUUCGGAAAGGGAUUAAUCCUCGCACAAGGGAACAACAACUCCAGGAUCUCUUACAGUACAAAGGUAUAUCACAUUACAUAGGAGAUGAAGAAAGCAACCACACAGCUCUUCCAUGCCCUGGUGAGUUACUUGUUGAGGAGCAUCACAGCAACUACGGCGAGCCUUGGGCUGGUGGGCGUGACGUGUUUGAGUUUUUAGCUGACGCAUCACGGCUAAAACCCAACGCUAGAGUUCUUGAGAUAGGAUGUGGUACGCUCCGUGUUGGUUUGCAUUUCAUCCGUUAUCUCAACCCUGGGAACUUCCACUGCCUUGAAAAAGAUGAGCUCUCACUAAUGGCUGCGUUAAGGUACGAGCUUCCUUCUCAAGGUCUUCUACAUAAACGGCCUCUUAUAGUCAGAGGGGAAGAUAUGGAGUUCAGCAAGUUUGGUUCGGAUGUGGCCUAUGAUCUUAUAUACGCUAGUGCAGUGUUCUUACAUAUGCCUGACGAGCUGGUUUGGAGUGGAGUCGAGAGGCUGGUUGAUAAGUUGAAGCCUUACGAGGGGAGAAUGUUUGUGUCACAUAAUAUAAAGUUUUGUACGCGUUUAGGAGGAGAGAAAUGCACAGAGAGACUAGCGAGGUUAGGACUCGAGUCCCUGGGGAGACAAACACAUGACAGUUUGUUGUUUAAUCACUACGAGAUCUGGUUCGGGUUUAGACGGACCAAAGGGUAA